AUGCGUCAACCUCUUACCGACCCCUGCUACGAUGCGUCCGGAAGACCACAACGUUGCGUACCGGAAUUUAUUAACGCCGCUUUCGGCAAGCCGGUUAUUGCCUCAGACACUUGCGGCCUGAACGCUCCAUCAAAGUUCUGCCAGCUUAAAGAAGACUCCGAAGGGGUAUUCCGCGAAAUAUGCGAUAUCUGCGAUGCCAGCGAUUUCAAGAAGGCCCACCCGGCCAGCUUUAUGACAGAUCUGAACAACAAUCAAAAUAUGACCUGCUGGGUAUCCGAGCCGAACACAGCCUACCCAAACAAUGUCACGGUCACACUCUCGCUCGGCAAGAAAUUCGAGUUGACGUACGUGUCAAUGCAGUUCUGCAAUCGGAUGCCGGACUCGAUGAUCCUGCUGAAAUCGACGGAUUUUGGGAAGAACUGGUCGCCAUUCCAGUUCUAUUCUUCUGAAUGUAAGAAGAUCUACCAGCGGGAACUUGAUGUGAAGAUCACAAAACAUAACGAACAGGAAGCCUUGUGUACAAAUCCGCACAAUUAUGGUGGGUCUGGGACUCGGUUGGCCUUUCCGUUCCUGGAGAACCGUCCAAGUGCGAUGAGCUUCGAGCAGAGCCCUGUGCUUCAAGACUGGGUGACAGCGACUGAUAUUAGGAUUGUUUUCACGAGGAUUAGCCCGGAUCAGGCUGACCUAUACGGAGUGGCCAACGACAUCACCAACUCGACGGACGAUGAGAUCCGCCCGAGUUACUACUAUUCACUGGGUGAAUUGGCGGUCGGCGGGCGGUGCAAAUGCAAUGGACAUGCCAGCCGGUGUAUUGUCGACCGGAAUGGGAAGUACACCUGCGAUUGCAAGCACAACACAGCCGGUACGGAAUGUGAACAAUGCCGUCCAUUCUAUUAUGAUCGUCCCUGGGCUCGCGCUACCGCCGAUUCGGCUAACCAAUGUGUUGCUUGCAACUGUAAUCUACAUGCGAAGAGGUGCCGCUUCGACGCUGAAUUGUACAGAUUGAGCGGAGGAAAGUCUGGCGGUGUCUGUCUCAACUGCCGUCACAACACCGCCGGCCGGAAUUGCCACUACUGCAAGCCAGGAUUUUACCGCGACGCGACACUACCCUUGACGCAUCGGAAAGUGUGCAAGGAAUGUGCUUGUCAUCAAGUCGGUUCGCUUGGGAAGUCGUGCAACCAGACGUCUGGACAAUGCGUUUGCAAGCCGGGCGUGACCGGACUGACAUGUAACAGAUGUGCGAAGGGCUAUCAGCAGAGCCGUUCUACCAUCACUCCGUGUAUUCCUAUUCCCAUUAAGGGUGCACUUCCGACCGUUGAAGCUGAUCAAGGUAAAUGCCCGAAAUGCCGAAUCGUACCCAAGCGAUUUAACCAGAAGAAGUAUUGCCGAAGGGACUAUGCGGUUCAAAUUUACAUCACCGGACGGGAAGUGGCUGAUGAUGGUUGGGUGAAGUACAAGGGACAAGUUGAAAGCGUUUUCAAAAAGGGUGAACAAGCGAAGCGCGGUGAUAUGGUGAUUUGGACCUCUCCAUCCAGCGUCGUCUGCAAAUGCCCAAAGAUUCGCGUUGGCAAGCGAUAUCUUUUCUUGGGCAAAGACGACGCAAUCGUCGACAAAGAACACCCAGGAUAUUCGAUCAACAGCAAAACAGUCCUUGUCGAAUGGAAUGAAGACACUAUGGACAAAGCCAUCCGCUUCUCAAACAAAGAUAAAAAGGGACUCUGCCCUUCCAGAAGAAGAUAC